AUGAAUAAUGAGACUAUUUAUACUAUUUAUAAAAUUCUUCUUUUAGCUUUACUUCUUCCAGAAUCAUCAUCACUAUCUUCUUCUCAUUUUUUACGAGCUCCAACAAUCGCAUCUGGAAUACCAGGUG